AAACCAAUAUUGCGCAGUGGUCAGUCUAAAAGUCUGACCAAUAUUUCUCGCAAAUUCUAAAUAAAUAUUAUAAAAAUUUAUUUACAAAGUUGAUGAAAAAAUAAUUAAUUUCCAAACAAGCGAAAAAAAAAAUGUAAAUUUUAAUAAAUAUUGAAAUAAUAAAUUACAGUAUUUUCGCUUGAUUUUGAAAAAAAAAAUCUAACAAAAAAUAAUAAAUUUAUAAUGUUAAUUUAAUACUGUAUAUAAUUAUAAAUAAUGUGUGUGAAUAUAAAAAAAAAUUUUGAAAAUUAUUUUUAAAAUUUCAAUUAUUUCGGUAUAAUAAUAAAAUCAUUAUGAAUGGCAAUCCAAGUUUCGAUGGUUUUGAUAUUGAAAAAAUUGCAAGCGCCUCAAAUUUAUCAUCAUCUGUAAAUCAACAAAGUCAAGGUGUUGCGGCACUAUUAGUGAUGUUGGCUGUUUUAUUAUUUAUUUUUGCCUAUUGUUGUUGGGGUGCACCAUUUUGUCGUAAUCUUUGUAAAAAAUAUUGUUGCUGUCAAUUGGAGGAUCCCGAUACAGUUGAUGUUAGUCAAUAUAGUGUGAGCAAUAAUGAUGAACGAUCACGAAUUGUUGCAACGCCAACAAUUAUACUUUUGCCACAUGGAAGAAUGCUUGUUGUUGAUAGUAAUGUUUUUAAUCAAUUUCAAGCUGACAAUACAGGAUUGGAUUUAGUUGAAUUAAGCGAACAUGCUAUUCAAAAUCAAAUGAUGAUGAUGAAUAACAAUAAUCCAAGAAUUAUAAAUCGUCAUCAAUUGCAAAGUAGUCAUGGAAGUAUUUUAACAACAGAUGAAUCGCCAAGUAAAGAUAGUUCAGACAAUAGAUUUCCACCACCGACUUAUGAAAGUAUUUAUGGUGAAAAAGAAGAUGGAUCUGUUCCUCCUUCAUAUUCCGAUAUUCUACUUCAUAGAUUUGCCACCUUGCCUUAUGAUAUAAAUGUCAUUGAAAAUUACAAUGAAAGUAAAGAAGAACUUGAAAUGCAAUCAUUGGAAAGUGAAAGCUGUCAUCAUAUUAUACAAAAUCCAAUAAAUAAUUUCUAUUCAAUGGCUAAUAAUUAUUCAAGUCAAAGUAUUGCUUGCGCAACAAGAAAUUCGCCAAAUUUCGAUGGAUAUUUUUUAAAUAGUCAAUUGUCACAUAAUAAUUAUCAAGAAAAUAGUUAUAGUAGUUUAAAUAUUAAUAAUAUUACAUUAAAUUCAAUGGAAGAAUUAGAAAAUACAACAACAAAUAAUGAAGAAAACAAUUUUCAAAAUAGAGUCGAAAAUACAAGAAAUAUUGCACGAGAUAAUCAUGAAUCGAAUUUUAAUUUAGAAUUUCAAAAUUCAGAUAAUAAUAUCGACUCAACAAUUGAUUCUGAAGAGUCAAGGGAUUUUCAACUAUUACCUGAUAUUCGAGAAAGUCGAGUUUAAGUAUUAUGUAAAUAAAUAAUAGAUUUCGGAAAAAAAAAAAACAAUUUAAAAUAUUAAUAGGCAAUUUUCCUUUUUUCAAGUUUCAAAAAAAAGGUCUCAUUCCGUCCAUCUAACACAAGGGGGCCUUAACAAAAAAAAAUUAUUUGGCAAAAAUUCUAAAAAAAGAUUAAAAAAUGUAUUUACCUUUAGCUUUUUUUUUUAGCUAAAUAUUAUAAACAAAAUAAAAUUGUUUAUAAAUUUUUAUUCUUAAUGAAUGUAUAAAAAAACAAUAAUAAAAUAUUUCUUUUUCUUA